GUUGUAUUCUAGAAGUGGCAAUUAAGUAGUACCACCCCGUCGCAUCAAAUCGCACCCGUGUGGUGGCAGCACUGUUUCCCCCGUUAGGUUGGCAAGUUAGCUCCGAAGAGGGUUUAAGGGCCGAACCGUCGCGAAUGGACUGAAAGCCUUCUGAGUGUGACCCCAGGCCCAGCAACUCCAACCUUCGAACAGCUUCCGCCGCAUGCCGUGGUAAAAUUUGCUGCUGCCACUCUUCUUCUCCCGUCCCAUUUGGCACAUCGACCAUCAGCACGCAUCGUUCGAGCUCCGCGGCAGAAGGGAACACACCUUUGCUCCCACUUGUCAAGUCCGUGGCCGAGAUAGUUAGGAUUAGGUUCCCCUCCCCCUCCAUCAUUUGCCUGCGAUAAUCUAUCUACCCCACACCUUGGUUCUGCAAAAGUCCGCCGUCGUUUCCACCAUGUCUACGCCGGAAGAGCGGGCGGUUGCCUUCAAGAAUGAUGGCAACAAGGCUUUCGCUGCCCACGAUUGGCCGAAGGCUAUCGAGUUAUACACCAAGGCCAUCGAGCUGAACGACAAGGAGCCGACAUUCUACACCAACCGCGCUCAGGCAAAUAUCAAGUCUGAGGCGUACGGCUAUGCUAUCUCGGAUUGUUCCAAGGCGCUCGAAUUGAACCCGAAGCUGGUCAAGGCAUACUUUCGCCGAGGCCUUGCCCAAACCGCCUGCAUCAGACCCAAGGAUGCCGUUGUCGACUUCAAGGAGUGUUUACGACUCGAUCCGAACAACAAAGACGCUAAAUUGAAGCUGGACGAAUGCAAAAAGAUUGUGCGCAAAUUGGACUUCUUCGCUGCCAUCGAGGUCGGCGACGAGCCCUCUGCAGCUGAGGGUCUCGAUAUCAGUGUCAUUAACGUCGAGGAGGACUACGAUGGCGUCAGAUUGGAAGAAGAGAUGACCCAGGAGUUCAUCGACGACAUGACAGAGCGAUUCAAGAAGGGCAAGAAGAUCCACAAGAAAUACGUCUACCAGAUCAUCUUGGCCGUCAAGAAGAUUGUCUACGACGAGGCGACGAUGGUAGAGAUGGAGAUCCCUGAGGGCACUCAGCUUACUGUUUGUGGUGACACACACGGCCAGUACUUCGAUCUGAUGGAGCUGUUCCGCCUCAACGGAACCCCCAAUGACAAGCAUUACUACCUGUUUAACGGCGACUUCGUCGAUCGUGGAUCAUGGUCCACCGAGAUCGCACUCCUGCUUUACGCCUACAAAUGGCUGCGCCCCAAGGCCUUCUUUUUGAACCGCGGCAACCACGAGACCGACGACAUGAAUCGCGUGUACGGUUUCGAGGGCGAGUGCAAGGCGAAGUACAACGAGAGAAUCUUCAAGCUGUUCUCCGAGAGCUUUUCGGCUUUGCCUCUUGCGACUCUGAUCGGCACUAAGUACCUCGUGCUGCACGGAGGUCUGUUCUCUGACGACAAGGUCACUUUGGAUGAUAUCCGCAAACUUGACAGGCAUGCUCAGCGCCAACCCGGUCAGGCUGGCCUCAUGAUGGAGAUGCUUUGGACAGAUCCCCAGGACGAGCCGGGCCGUGGCCCCAGCAAGCGUGGUGUCGGCAUGCAAUUCGGCCCAGACGUCACCAAGAAGUUUUGUGAGAACAACGGUCUUGAAGCCGUCAUCCGCAGCCACGAAGUCCGCAUGGACGGUUACGAAGUGCAGCACGACGGACGAUGCAUUACUGUCUUCUCUGCGCCCAGAUACUGCGACUCUACCGAGAACAGGGGCGCGUACAUCAACAUUGGCCCCGACUACGAGUUGCAGUUUCAGCAGUUUGACGCGGUUCCUCACCCGGAUAUCAAGCCCAUGGCGUAUGCUCAGAGCUCUCUCAUGUCGUCUCUGAUGUAGUUUGGUGAGUAUUACGGAUCUGUUGACCAGAGGAUAAGAGACGAGAUAUUUUGCAUCCGCAAGCAUACAUGUUGCAUGUGAUUGGCGCAUAUGGGGGCGGGCUGGGCGGCGGCGUGGGUUUGGCCAUGCGGAUAAAUCGGAGUUCAUUGUUCCUGGCGGACCGUACAACCAACCAUAUCCCCGACUCUAGAAUAAUCUGACGUUUGGGCGUCUGGUCAAAUCCCGUUCUUUGUUACAGUUUCUGACGGUGACCCUCGUUUCACGAAAACCAGAGCUUGUCUUGGCCGUCGGCGCCGACCAUGGCGCCUAGGUAGUCGGAGCACUGCUUCACGCGGAGCACCCGCCGGGUCCCCUGCUCGGAGACGCCGGCCCACGCCGUGAUGGCGGCAGCGAAGGGGCUAAGGUCCGGACGGGGCACGCGCAGCCAGCACUGGGUGCGGUCGACCUUGAGGAUGUCGAUGGGGAUGGCGGAGCCCGUGACGCCGAGGAACUGGCGCAGCGCGGCGUCGCAGUAGGAGCGCACCUGAAGGUCGUCCAAGCCUGCUGUUGCCUCGGGCGCUUGCGGGGAGUCGGCGAUGAGCUCGAGAUGAGCGUACGAGAAUGCCGGUGUCUUUAUGGUGCAUGUGAGGAGCUCGUGGGAUUUGAGACUCGUUGCGCGAGGGGUGCUGGCCGGCGUCUCUUCCGCCGAUGAGUUUUGCGUCGUCAUGACGGUAAUGUAUGUGGCCUCGUGGGUUGAGUAUGACCUUGGUAUCGUGAAUCGAAUAUUUGCAGCACACUCCGAGUUAGAACUGCUGAUGAUGGUGACUUUUUCUUCUGCCGGUGCACCCUUCUUGAUCGUUUCGAACGAAGCGAGUCUAGAAUAUAGAAAUAGAC